CAGUGUGGAUCUUGCUGAGGACUUGAGGCUAUAAAAUGAAGGAACUUACUGUAAGCGGGACGCACUCUGUAGUUGGAGUUCCCUUUGUGAACUCCUACACAGACAUUAAAGUCACUCCAAUGCUUUAAUCGGCGCUCACACACAGAGAUAUCGCCGCCGGGUUCCUCUCACUUGAAGCCGAAAACACUUGAUCAAGUCGCCGGGUCGAACCAGAGCAGAGCCAUGGCAGGGGACGGGUCAGACCAGCGGGCGCUGCAGUAUGAACAAACGCUGAUGUAUGGGCGCUACACCCAGGAGCUCGGGGUGUACGCCAAGGAGGAGGCCGCUCGGCUGAGGGAGAGCGGGCAGAGGCGAUCGGUCAGCGACCGAAACCGGACACUGGACCUGCUGGAGUACGACAAGGGACGCUGUGCCAAGUGUCGCAUCUGCACGGUUCGCUGUCAGAAGUUCCUGAUCUCGCGGGUUGGGGAGGACUGGAUCUUCCUCAUCCUGCUGGGACUCCUCAUGGCCCUGGUCAGCUGGGUGGUGGACUUCUGCAUCGCCAUCUGUCUACAAGCACAGAAGUGGAUGUACGGUGGUCUGGACAGCAACGUGUUCCUGCAGUACCUGGCCUGGGUCACCUACCCUGUGGUCCUCAUCACCUUCUCUGCCGGCUUCACACAGAUUCUCGCCCCACAGGCUGUUGGUUCAGGUAUUCCAGAGAUGAAGACCAUCCUGAGAGGAGUUGUGCUGAAGGAAUACCUCACCUUCAAAACUUUCGUGGCCAAAGUCAUCGGCCUCACCUGCGCUCUGGGCAGCGGCAUGCCCCUGGGCAAGGAGGGUCCGUUCGUCCACAUCGCCAGUCUGUGUGCUGCUCUCCUCAGCAAGUUCAUGUCUCUGUUUGGAGGAAUCUAUGAGAAUGAGUCAAGGAACAUAGAGAUGCUGGCAGCGGCCUGUGCUGUGGGAGUAGGCUGCUGUUUUGCUGCCCCCAUAGGAGGUGUCUUAUUCAGUAUUGAAGUAACGUCCACGUUCUUUGCGGUGAGGAACUAUUGGAGAGGUUUCUUUGCUGCUACCUUCAGUGCCUUCAUCUUCAGAGUACUGGCUGUUUGGAACAGAGACGAAGAGACCAUCACAGCCCUUUUUAAAACCCGUUUCCGGCUAGACUUCCCCUUCGACCUCCAGGAGCUUCCUGCUUUCGCCGUCAUUGGUAUUGCCAGUGGUUUCGGCGGGGCCUUGUUCGUCUACCUGAACCGACUGAUCGUUCAGUUCAUCAGGAAACAGAAGGCCAUCAACAGAUUCCUCAUGAAAAAGCGGCUGCUGUAUCCAGCGCUGGUCACUUUACUUGUUUCCACUCUAACAUUUCCCCCCGGCUUUGGACAGUUUAUGGCUGGGAAGCUGACCCAGAAGGAGUCUCUGGUGACAUUACUGGACAACCGGACGUGGGCCAAACAAGGCAUCGCUGAGGAGUUUGACUACAUCGGACACUCUCAAGCCUGGAAACACCCGCAGGUCAACGUCUUCGUCACCCUGGUCCUCUUCAUCGUCAUGAAGUUCUGGAUGUCUGCCCUGGCCACCACCAUCCCAGUGCCCUGUGGAGCCUUCAUGCCAGUAUUUGUCAUUGGGGCAGCCUUUGGUCGUCUGGUUGGAGAGAGCAUGGCAGCCUGGUUCCCAGAUGGCAUUAACACAGAUGGCACCAUCUACCCCAUAGUGCCAGGAGGCUACGCUGUCGUGGGUGCGGCGGCCUUGUCCGGAGCGGUCACCCACACUGUUUCCACCGCAGUCAUCGUGUUCGAGCUGACGGGCCAGAUCUCCCACAUCCUGCCGGUGAUGAUAGCGGUGAUCCUGGCCAACGCCGUGGCCCAGUCCCUGCAGCCCUCCCUGUACGACUCCAUCAUCAGGAUCAAGAAGCUGCCCUACCUCCCAGAGCUGGGCUGGGGACACCACGAGAAGUAUAAUAUUCGUGUGGAGGACAUCAUGGUGCGGGACGUGCGUUACAUCACCCUGAACUGCUGCUACAGAGACCUGCAUAACGUCCUGCUGACCGGACACCUCAAGACUCUGGCACUGGUGGAAUCAGCUGAGUCCAUGAUCCUGCUGGGCUCCAUCGAGCGUGCCCAGCUCCAGGCGCUGCUCUCCAUGCAGCUCGGCCGCCCCAGACGGCUCGAGUACAUCAGGGAACGAGCCCUCGAGGAGAAGAAACGCCUGUCGGUUGUGUCAAACACAGGCAGCGAUGACAGCACCCACCGGGCCAGUCAGGAGGUCCGCUUCCAGAUCUCUACUGAGGAGUCCUCCUUCAGCCCUACUCGUCCAGUCCCUCAGAAGCCCCUCAAACCUGCACUGAAGAGACCCUCUGUGGUGGAGCGACCCACCGAGAUCCCCACCAGUCCACAGGAUAAUUCGGGCAUUGCUUUAAAGAACCUGUUCUGCGCCAGCCCAGACACAGAAGGCCUGGAGAAAAACAACAACAUGGAGCGCCCCACAUCUCCUGAGCACAGGAGGCCGUCCAAACGAGUCCGGAUAUCCGUAGUGGAGCCACCAACCAGCUUAAAGAGUUUAUUUGGGGACGACGUAGAUGUGGAGGAUGACAUGACUAUUAGAGAGAUUGCAGAGUGGGAGGAGAAGCAGCUUGAUGAGCAGGUCAAUUUCAACAACUGCAAGAUCGACCCCGCCCCGUUCCAGCUGGUGGAGCGCACCUCGCUGCAUAAGACCCACACCAUCUUCUCCCUGCUGGGCCUCGACCACGCCUACGUCACCAGUAUUGGGCGUCUCAUUGGGGUGGUUUCCCUGAAAGAGCUUCGCAAGGCCAUCGAGGGCUCUGUGACAGUGAAGGGUGUGAAGGUGCGUCCUCCUCUGGCCAGUUUCCGGGACAGCGGCACCAGCAGCAGCGAGAACGAAGCCACCGAGCUCCACAAGCUGUGGGAUCGCCACAAGAGCAUGUCGCUGCCCCGCGAACACACCCCCUCCGAGUCCGACGAGAAAUCCCAGUGAGGGAAAGUAGAGGAGGAGGAGGAGUAAGAAGAGCAGGUGGAGGAAGAGGAGGAGGAGGCAUAGAGGUCUUUAAUCUCCCAAAGCCACAAACAUGCAAAAAUCCUCAGGGCUUCGGAUCAAUAUUUAAUUCUGGAAAGAGUCCUACUGCUAGCCUCUUCGCAACUCCUCAUUUCUCUCCUCAUCUACUCCUCUUUCUCUCCACCAUCCACUUUGCUUCACGGACCCACCAGUGCGCUCUCCAGGAGUCCUGCACUGACCAAGCCAGACACUCCACGGGGGAGAGGAACACAACUCAACCUGUGCCCUGCUCUCCAUUAACCCUCGGGAACCCACAGCAGAGUGAAUGUGGAUUUUGCAGGGGGGACUGGGAAUGGGUUGAAAUCUUUAAAAAGGGAUUUUUUUUAGCAGACUUUGUUGUUGGUUCUGUAUCUUUAGAGUAGAGAUCAAAGUUUGGACCUGCAAAAGUUAUCUUCUGAACGAGUCUUCCACUUGAGUAGAGAAAUUCAGCAGUGAUGACAAGGAAGAGUAACGUGUGCUUGUACUGUAAGUGUGUGUGAGAAAGAGGUGAGAAAUUGUGAGUGUGCAUGAAGAGGGAGGGAGGUAGCAAACGACUAUUUCUUAUAUGAUUUUUUUUUAUUAUUGCCUUUAGAACACAUUUCAGUCUUUGUUUUCCAGCUUGAAUACUUUGAUUUCUGACUGAUCAGGUGGUCUGGGUCUAACUGGAAUUUGCCAUGGCGCCAUUUCUUUGUAAAUCACACUACAGUUUGUCCCACUGACAAGCACUGGACUAAGGGGACAGAUGCCUUAGCUUUCAGAUUUUUUUCUUGUUUCCAUUAUACCUCUUUUCCUCAGUCUUCCCAUCUCUUCACUGCAUGUCUUAAUGGUCAGGUUGAGAAUAAAGUCUAUGCAAGCAGACAUGCCUGUUGGCAGUGGCGGAAGCACCUGUAGCCCUGUUCAUAACGUACACUCCUUUCAUACUAUAGCUACGGCCUUACAUUACAAAGACACAUAGAAAGACACACAAACAAGACCGCGGCGAUGCACUCAGAGAGUCAAGGUUUUUCUGCUUAUCUAAAUAUAGCUCUUUAAUAACCGUUCCAGAGAAGGUUGAGGCGGAUGGAGAGGGCAGGAAGCGAGGGAGGGAGGAAGAACAGGGAGCAAAUGGAUGGCUGAAAGAAUGAAGACAUCAUUACCUAACCAGCUGCUCUGGGCCCUCUCAUCAAUCUGUCUUUGAUCGCCAUGUUGGCUAACCUCCAUUACUAUCAGAGUCACAGACGCCCCCCCACCCGCUUUAUGAUGUAAUGUUCCAGGGAUGAGGCAAUGUAUGUGAGCAGAAUCCACCUGAUUAUUGCAUAAAGAUAGCUUAAGAGAACGGGAGCAUGAUCCAGUGAGAUUAACUGGAGUAAAAACACUUCAGGAAAUCCCUAACUGACCAACAGUAAAUGGUUCAAGAUGUAGUUUAACUUUUAAAAUGUACCUUGUUUACCACUAUAAGUCCAAAUCAUUACUAAAUUAUCGCUCCAGCUCCUAGCUGACCGAUUGAACCUUGAACAGGAGCCAUGAAUGAUUAAUGGCAGCAUGGUUUCUGAUUCAGCAAGCAGUCCGACAUGACGGAUAAUGUAUAAGUACUGUGAAUUUAAUAAUUCAUGUCUGGCAUAAUGCUUAAGGCUUGUCAGCUCGCUCUCUGCUCAUCGACAGAAAAGUAUUGAUUUGUUUUCCCUUUCCUCCAUCCCUCCGUCGUUUCCACUACUGACCCCCAAAUACGUCCCUUAAGACACACUCCUUUUUUUAAAUCUUUAAUUUUUUUUAUUUCUCCACCAGGCCAGGACGUCCACUACUACCUACAGAAUCUGCUCUACUGUUUGGAUGCCUUAAAUACGCACUCAUACCCAACUUCUUAAUGGUUUUCUAGCAUUCGACGCGUUGCAUGGAUUUUAUUUUUGGUGGUGUCUUGUCUUGCUGCGCGCCACUGAAAGUAAAAUACACACAGUGAAACAGCACGGCUUUGCAUGACGGAGCGCAUGUGAGAUUUGUUUUAUAUGAUCAAAAUGUACCAAAAACAAAAGAAGCUUGACGGACAUGAAUAAUGGGACUAGUGAAUGACGUUGUGUCUCAGUAUGUUUGCCAUCUUGUGCCUGUUUGUUAUGUGUCUUUACAGUAUCUUGUUUUAUACUUACAGUGUCAGUUCACUUUGAUUGGCAUCUCCCAUUCACCGGUUGAGUUUGACACGUUGCCUGAUUUUGAACUGGGAAGGGGUCUUUGCAAAGUUAAGCUCAGAAAUUAAUAUAUUUAACAUCAUUCCUGUAAUAUAAAGUCAUAAUUUAAUGUCUUAACCUAUCUUAAAUUGUUGUUGACUACUCUCUUUUGAAAGAUUUGGGAGGCUUCUUUUAUUAUAUUUGUUGUUUUUUGUAUUUGUUCAUUUGUUUUUCCACAUUUGAUGAUUUAAAAUUUUGAUUUUAAUGCUAUCUUAUGUUUUUUUUAAUGGUUUGACAUGCUGUCUGAAACAUUUCUACUAAGAAGUUUAUUUGUAAAGCGCGAAUAACAUUAGAGGGGUAAAGGCUUGCGGUGGCUGCCGGUGAAGUUAGCGUUAAAGGGACCAGCAUGUGGUCUGUUGGUGACAUGUUCAUUCCACAAGUGCCUGCAUCGACUCCUCUUCUUUAUCAACGGGAUUAAGCUAUCCACCCUUAAGUGUUUGGAUCUGUUUUCUAGUCCUGUAGACGAGGCACUUUUCACACAAGUACGCAAAUAUGUAAGGGGGCUGGAUGAUGUGUCAGCGGGGUGUGCAAUUAUCACCAUGGUAAUCUGUCAUCGUCAUCGUCACCGCCCCGCCCUCCACACCCCUCAACCCGCCCCCAUCUGCUCGCCCCCGGGACUGACUGAGAUCCACUCGUCUGAUUUGGUUCUGUUCAUUUGUUUGUGCUUUUCAUCGAUUUUCAUUAUUCUGCCUUCUGCCAGAGCCUUCCCCUCUGCAGACACACAGAACGUUUCAUCUCAUUUGCUACCAGACAGAUAUAAACCGAGGUAGAUGCAUAUUUAUUAGUCUGUAUUAAUCAAAGUAGAAGUUGUAAAAAAGAUUUGUUUUUCCAUUCUUUCUAUGGAUGAUCUACUUGUAGGUAAUCAAUUUGUGCAAUAACUGUUGUUCAUCUCACUUUGUAACCCAGUUUUAAUUGAUGACAUGAAUGCAAGAUAACCUUAUUUUUGUAAAGAAACCUGAAAAGUGUAAAAAGAUGUAUGUAUAUGAGGAGAACUGACACUCACACAGGAGCUUGUGUGUGAUAAAGAUACGAUAUUUGAAUGACGGUUCAAGGGGGAAGGUUUCCCAAAAGCUUCGAUACAAGCUGUCAGAAUCUCACCAAAUCUGCGUUGAGAUAUUUAAGGACACUGUUUGCACCUUUAGGUGUUGAUCAGCCUUUGUUCAAAAAGAGAAAUGGCUUAGACUCCUCAUUUUGGCUUUUGGAAACCCUUCCCGUCUGGUCUUAACAGGCUCUGUGGUGAAUCCUGCUGCAUGAACUGUAGCUGGCGCUCUCAUACAAGCCCCUCCCCCUAAAGCACUGAUGUGAGUCAGUUUUAUCAUGCUCCCCUCUCUCCUUCAGUCUGAUGGGUUUGAUAAGACCAGAUCCUCACAUCAGCUGUUGAGAGUUAUCUUUUAUCCACUCCUUAGGGCUCUUAGGGACUGCACAUUGUCCUGGAGGCCUCCACUACGGCAAACCCCAAGGGCCAAACCAGACUGAACUGAACAAAAUCCAGAGCUAUUUUUCACACAGAAAAAUGAAACCUUGUUUUGUAUAUCAGGGAUGAAUAAAUGAGAUUUUA